GCUACAUGAGAGAAAGAAUGGGUGACUGAGGCCAGCGCAGGUGCCCUCGUAGCAGAUCUCGCCUUUAUUUGUGCAGAAGUUGCUGUAGGAGCAUGUAGUGUCAGGCGAUCAAGAUUAGUCUGCUGGCGUUCCUGAGCAUAAAAGUCCUGGGGGGCAUCUUUGUACAAAUCAUCUCAAGGCAAGAGGUCGAGAUGCGCGUCUGCUGGAUCUUCUUGGUCUUCCUGGGCUUCGGAUUGUCUCAUGCCAAGUUUCUGAGCGCCUGCAGUGAGGAAGCAGACACCAGCAUCCUAAAAACUGUCGCCUCUCUGUUUGGGGUGCAGCUCAACAGCACUGACAAUCUAAAACUCCUCUGUUUACCGGUCAAUGGCACAGUGUCUGUGCCGUGUCCAAACCCGGACGGUGCAGAAGUGGCCUUCAGCCUCAGCCUGGGCCGGGACGUGAUCGCCAGUCACUCGUGCAAGGAGCACAACAACGCGUCCAAGCAUUCAGAGAACGUCGUGAAAAUCAGUGCGGGCGUGGAGCUGCACAGGAAUGUCACGGAAGGAUCAAUCAGUUUUGUCGUGGCCGCCAGGAAAUCUGGGAACUACAGCUGUGCAGCCACACGCACUUGGCCUCCUCCCAUUCUGCCAUUACACAACACCUCGAAUAUCCUGGUACUCAUGGAAGGACACGACUGCACAUGCGAGUCAGACCAUGAAGAUCAACCCCCCCCUGUGUACCCUCUGUGGAUAUGGAUUCUGGGGAUUGCAGCAGUCGGCGCCUACAGCCUCAUUGUGACCAUCAUUGCUUUUGUCAACUGGCUCAAGUUGAAGAGAAAAGAUUCUCAAAGUGACUACAUGAACACCAAACCCAGAGCACCCAAGGGCCACAGGAAGGGAGGCGUUCAGCACCCCAUACCACGGCACUUCUGACUACAUCUACGUGCAGCUCUGCGGACCGAUCACAGAAGAUGAAACGGGGGGGAAUCCUUCUUGAAAGUUUACUCUGGACCUUUGCCUUUGAAAAGUGGUGGAUUAGCGAGCGUGUGUAUGUGUGUGAGCGUGCGUGUGUGUGUGUAAAAGGAGGGUUUGAUUA